GAGGUGUCGAAACGUGAUGCUCAACGACGAGCGUCGUUCAGAAUCAGUGCCCUUCAGUGCCAUUCGCGAGGAUCCCGGCAAGGAGGCCUUGUAGCAUCGUCGACUUCGGCUCUGCGAUUCCGUGCUUGCACGAGACAGUUUAGAAGCCCGGAGGUUGCACUUGGCCUGCAAUGGGAUGAAAAAUUGGACAUUUGGAGUGCAGGCUGCAUUAUUGCCAUGCUCUACACCGGUGUGCGACCUUUCAGCGUGUUGAUGGAUGAUCGGUUUCCAAAGCACAUGCUACGAACAGCCAGGCGAAAUCGGACCGACCAAGACGAG